GGUCAGUGUCUGAAACCAAAACGCAGGGAAUCCUAAUUUGGGGUCGGUUGACCGUGCGUGAUUUGUUUCCAAUUCCCAGUUAUCAUGAAUCACAGUUUUUUUUUUCAGACGAGCACACGACGAGGCGGGUACCAUUUUUUCCAAUGAAAUACGCUUUUCAUUUUUUUUAUUUUAUUGCCCUUGUAGGCAGACAAGCAUACGGCCCUCCUGAUAGUGAGUGUUUACCGUCACCCAUGGACUUCAGCAACGCCAGGGGCAGAGCCAAGCCGAUGCCUACUUAAUACUCUCCACAAGCCUCGUUUCAUAGCCAGAUGAUACGUGACAAAAAAUACCUCUUGAAACACACUGUGGAAUACCCAGUGGCUCCAGGUAGUAUGGAUGAACUUUACUCCGGUGGCGGACGGUGCAAUGGUAAAAACGAGAUGACGGUAUCAUCUUGAACAAUUUCUCAUUCUUCCCAUGGAACAUAUGGUACAAAAUACAGAGGGAACCGAAGUCCCUCCGCAGACCCAGAGCUUCCAAACGAUCCGUGAAAAUGGGGUUAUCGACAAUCCGAACGGCCCUCUCCUGUAUGGAGUCAAAUGGAAGAAGCUAGUAUUUGGGAGCCCCGGCCCAGAGAUGGGAGCAGUACUUCACGUGAGGCCAGACUUAUGCUUUAUAAAGCAAAAGUCUUUGUCCAGGCGUGAAGUAACGCUUCGCUCUGUUAAGGACUCCCAGCAUUUUGGAAGCCAACUUGGCUUUGCCUUCCAAAUGACUCCAAAAUUGGACAUCGCUCGAUAUGUCGACCCCAAGUAUCCCGAUACUCUCGGAAGGUUGCAGGGAUACUCCUUGGAAUUGCGGCGCCAUGACAAUCAUAGUUACAACAUGUUAACCAACUGCAAGUUUACUAUACUACCUACAUUUGAAUUCCAUAGACCAAAUCAUAUUUAAUGGGAGCAAACUCCUCGCAAAUCACAAUCGUUCAGAGUCAUUUCGACAAUGAAACUGCAAAUCAUUAUAUUAGUCCUCGCCGCUGUGGUGAUCGUAGAAUGCGGUCACCUAUUCGUCGGUACCAAUAUCAAUAGACCUAUGGUCUACCAUCACAACGCUAAGUACGACGCCAAAUUAUUCCGCAAAAGGGUUGAGAACCUUCAUUACGUUCUACCCCAGGUGCCAUCCACCAUUGGCAAGUCCAUUCAGGGCAUUCUGGCCUAUGAUAAGACUCACAGCACCGCUUCCGCUAACAUCACUCAAGGUGGAAUCUGGUUCACUUUCGUCAAUCUCCGUAUGAAGAGCGAACGCGUAAACAAGCUUAAUUACGAUGUCUACAUCUACGUUUAAAUAUUGUUUGAGCAAUCAAUAAAUAUUUAACAAACAGA